CUCUCAGUUUGUCUCUCUAUCAUUCAUUUAUAAUCUUCACUCCAGAAGCUUCUCUCUUUACCCAUCUAUCUGUCCACAUGAGUCUUGAGUUCUCUAUAUACAGAAGAAUACAGAAUUGAAGCUUUCAAUGGAGUUCCUGUCUUUUCUUGUCUGAUUUUUUUGUCUUUUACCUCUUAUCCAAUCUUUGUCUGUUUCUUCCAUCAACCACACAAACAAAAAGAACCUCAUCUGUAAACAAGUGUUUAUCUAAAGAUGAAAAAAAUGCUGAUGCUUGUGGACAUGGAAAAGAAACUGAUAAUGCUAAUGUUGCUUCUGCAACUUCUGUCCUUAAACUCUCUGUCACUGGGACAGUCCUCAUCCAAACCAACUGCAAAUAUCACUGUAAUGGGUCUUGUUUAUUGCGACGUCUGCUCCAACAACAGUUUCUCCAAACACAGCUACUUCAUGCCUGGUGUGGAAGUGAGAAUAAUCUGCAGAUUUAAGGCAGCUUCCUCGAAAACAAGGGAGAUGAUCACGUUCUCUGCAAAUCGAACCACGAACGAGCUUGGACUCUACAAGCUAGAUAUAACUUCUGUGGAAGGUGCUUCUUGCGCCACAGAAGCGAACAAAGAUUCUCUGGUGGCUUCUUGUCAGGCAAGCUUGAUCGGUAGCUCCUCGGAUUCCUGCAACGUUCCUGGCUACAAAACUACAACGGAUCAGGUUAAGUCCAAGAGGUCUAAUCUCUGUGUCUACCGAUUCACCGCCUUGAAUUUCAGACCGUUUAAGAAGAAUAUUGACUUGUGUGGCAAGCAAUAGAAAAAUAAACUGCAAAUUUCUAUCACUGUUUGCUUCUACAAGAUCUCUGUUGUCUUAUUGUCCUCUGUUCUUUAUAUUUGGACUUUGUUUAUACAACUUC